AUGAGGGAGAGCUUCUCCUCCUCGAACGCGCCCAAGCUGCGAGUCUUGUCCGGCCCCAACAAGAGCGAGACCUUUCAGCUGCGGCUAGGGAACAAUGUCGUUGGGAGAGCUUCGGAUUGCGACGUGUGUCUGGAAGGGUCCGGCAUCUCCAAGCGCCAUGCGUCCAUCGUUGUGUCUGCUGAGAGGACGGACAGCAAGACUUUCACAGUGCAGAUUGAGGACCUUGGUAGCACAAACAAGUCCUUUCUCGGAUCCUUGGAGGAGCCAGUAGAGCUGACACCUGGACGACGUUAUCCGAUGGAGCAUGGAGAGGUGGUCGUGUUCGGGGAUGUUGCCUGCGUCCUGCUGUCGCGGAACAAGUCCCAGCCCUCCUCCUGUGAAGCGACGCAGACAGAAGACUUCCCUGAGGUGGUCGGGAUGACGGGGAGCGGAUCCAUGAUAGGAGAAGCCAUCCAGACUACCGCCCCUGACAUGACGGUGCAGUCGCAGGAGACGAUCUUGACGCAGCUGGACAAGCUGAUGCAGGGGAUGACGAACCUGUACUCCAUCGUGCAAGGAAGCGCCCCUGGCUCCAUAGCGUCAGACUCCUGGGCUCCUCCCAGGACCUCGACGAGCGUCAUGCAGAGCAACAUGACGCAGACGGACUUCGAGCUGGGGGAAGAGGACAUCAUCCUGAACCAGACGGACGUCGACAUGUGGCCGCACGAGCAGGCGAGGGUGUCGGUCAUGGCCUCGGACAUGCACACAAGGAGUGUCGGGGAGCGAGCAGGAGCGAACCUGCAAGGGAUGGGGACUCAGUCCCAGCUCCUGCCGCCGAGUCUUGAUGCAGAUCGACCUCUCCCCGGCAUCCUGCGGCACGCAGCCGUUGCUGCGCCUCAGCCCACCUUGGACCCUUCACUCUUCCAGGACUUGUACCGCGGGGUGACGGCGGAGGGAAGGACGACGCAGAGAUCUCUGCAGAGGUCGCGCAUGCAUACUCACAGGAGCAGACACAGCGAUGCCAUGCUCGAGGAGGAGGAGGAGGAGGUGCUGGUGAGCAUGAGAGACGUCCAGGUCCCUCAGAGGGUCGUGUUCCAUAUCCUCUGCUUCCUCCCUCGCAUCCCCUGCAUGCUGCUUAUGUCCUCCGUCAACUCGUACUUCCGGAGACUGUGCGAGGCCAGCCUCCUGUGGGAAGAGCUCGACCUCUCCUGGAACACCAUCUCCCCGGACCCCAUCUGCAACAGGAUCACCGACGAGAUCCUGCACCGGCUGCUGACCAGGUGCUACCGGACCUCCCUCCUCCGCGUCGACCUCUCGGGCUGCAGCUUCGUCAGCGACUGGACGCUCCUCAACCUCUCGAAGCACAGCUACAACGUGCGGUCCAUGGUGUUGAAGUGCUUCGCAGACGUCGGUCCGCAAAUCUCUGACGCCGGUCUUGUCGAACUUGCUCGCCGGCUCCCCAAGGUGGAACACGUGAACUUGUUCUGGUGCCACAGGAUCACCAACGUCUCUGUCACAACCCUCUCCUCCCACUGCCCCAACCUCAAGUCCCUCGACCUCUCCGGCUGCUUCGAGCUCACCGACCUCUCCAUCAUCUCCCUCGCAGAAGCUCAGUGCGGCCCUCAGCUACUCGACCUCAAGCUCAAGGCCUGCGAGUCCAUCUCGACCGAAGCUGUGCUCGCUCUCGCAAGGAGGUGUACAUCUCUACAAACUCUCGAUAUCGGCGGAUGCAGCAGAGUGAAAGGAGACGCGCUGGUCCUCGACAUUCACAUGAGAGCGAUGGCCCCGUCCUUCACGAGGAUCAGCCGCUUGAGCGUAGCUUACAGCCGCAACCUAUCAGACGACGGCAUCAAGGACAUGGUCAGGUUCUGCAACCAGCUCGAAGUCGCCGACCUCCGCGGCCUCCGUCGCAUGACGGAUGAUUCUCUCCUUAAACUCUCUCAGAUUGCCAGAAACCUCAGUAGCCUCGACGUCCGCGGCUGCCAGUCCCUCACUCAUGAGAUCCUAGGAAAACUUGCGACGCAGCUUGUCAAGUGCAGGUUCACAACGUCCUAUGUAAACUGA